AUGUCAAGCCUUUCGCCUGUAAAUCCAAAGCCUUUUCUGCGAGACCUUAUAGGCAAGAAGAUAGUUGUGACUUUGAAGUUCAACAAUACACAAUACAAAGGAUUUUUAGUAUCGACGGAUAACUAUUUCAAUCUACAAUUAUCAGAUGCGGAAGAAUUCAUUUUAUUACAAUCUAAAGGUAAAGUAGGCGAUAUUUUUUUGCGAUGCAACAAUGUGCUCUGGAUUGGCGAAGACCAAUCAAAGGAUAUCGCUGGCGAUCAAGAAAUUGGUGAAAACUUAGCCGAGAUCGGCCCUAGUGACGAAAAAGAGUCACUUGAGAAUACAGCACCAGCUCAAGAGUCAACAUGA